GUUCUGUUCACUCAAUGCAGCUUCAGACAGUCGGAGUGCAAAGUCGGUUGGUUUGAGACUCUAAAAGGUAUGCAUAGUCCGUGUUAAACGCUUCGAGCUGAGCCUGUCUCAAAGCUCUUCGAAUGUGUUUUUGUUGUUCAACAGACAUUGAAAUGUCCCUCUUCUGUGUACUCGGGAGUUACUAUGUCAAUAACUGCUCCGUUCUUACUCUGUUCUACUUACUCUGUUCUACCUUGUUUGGUUCUGUGUCUGUCUCUAUGGAUCGGUAGUUCUGCUGCUUUACUUCUUGCGCUACCUCUUACUAACUACAAGUGUAAAGAGCUUUCAGCAGGCGAUGCCACAACCUUGAAUCAAACGACCUUUUGCUCGGUGUUCUGUUCCGCAGAAGCAGCGCUGGAAUCCUUCUUCGUCGCUACUCUCCCCCUCAAGCGCACUCAAGAUAAUACAACUAUAGCUCAACGAGACAAUGGAACGGCCUGCGAAAAGACCACGCUUCUCCAUGGGGCCGGAACCCGAGGAAGAGCUGGACGAUAUGGACAUUCACGAAGCACGUGCGCAGAAUGAUCUCCGUUUGAAGUCGAUCUUCGAAGGCAUUUUUGAAAAAUACGGCAAGGACUUUACCGACGUUGGCGACGAAAUUGAUUUGCAAACCGGAAAUAUAAUUGUGAACAAUGGCCACAUCCAGGCCAUGGAGGGUGAAGAUGAUACCGGGGAACAGAAUGGUUGGCUGUUCGAGACGGACUUUACUGCACCUUCAAAUCCCGAAGCGAUUUAUGUUGCGUUGGGCAGUUCUGCUCAUUCUCCUGAUGCAGAAGAAAUCGGAGGUGAUGCUGCAGGAGAUGACGGCGGCACGCAAUCGCAGCAUCCACCGGCGUCGAUGCCAUCGCAAACAGGGCUGGUCCGGGACCAGCCAUGGGACGCCAUUAUGGGCGAAGCAGCCAAUGACGACCCGGACACCAACGACGAGGGGUCUAGUUCGGACUCGCUGCUGGAUACUGCAUUAUGCGUCCAGAAUAACCCGGGUGGCUCUCGGGGCCGAAAGGUGACGGCAGAUGCCACAGGGAAACCGGCCAUCGAAAAAGCAAACUCUGCGGCUGAAGCAUCCGCCCAAUCCAAGGAAGUCAAGUUCAGUGAGGCGGUGGAGGCGAUAUGGCGCGUUCCUGAAAUUAGCGGGGACUUUGCUACGCCUACAUGGAACAAGUCACGUCCUGCGCCUUCUUUCAAUACUGUGCGGUCUCAGUCUCCACCGGGAUCAAGAUCUAUCUGGGCACUUCCUUGGUCCUCUCGACGGGGCUCUGGACAGAAACGCGCAACGAAGCCUCAGAGGUCACCGCAGGGGAGGAAGCAUCAUUCCAGCCCCGUCGUGUGCGACUGGUCCUUUGCAGAGACGCCAGACGGAGACGAAUCCGACGAUCCGUUGCAGGAAGACUAUGAGCCCUCGCCGACGCCCAAACGGGGCAUGGAGAUCCGAGGAAAGCGCUCGGAAUCACACACCCCAAGCCGUGCGAAGAACCGAUGCGCGUCUUGCCAGCAAUACUUUGUUCGUUCCGAUUACAUUUCCCAUCUGAAGGACAUUCUAUCCCAGACUCCCGAUGGCCAACAUGAUCAGGCAGCCAUGCGGAAGCAUCUGGCCGCCGUAACCGACUCUCAUGAUUCAGAGAAGCGGGCAGCAGCGACCAACACUUCCGCCCAAAAGAGUGGGGCUUCUUCUGAAAGUAUAACGAAUGUAUCGGCGGAGAACCCUCCAGGCGAUCCUGAUACGACGACGCCUACGAAGAAACGUGUUCGGACGUACAUUAGUCCAGAUGAAGCAAGGUUAAUUAUUGAGAUGAGGCAAGUACAGGGGAGAAAAUGGAACGAGAUUGUCGACCAACUUCCACACAAAAACCUGCCCCAACUCCUUAAUUGGAAUAAAACGCACUGGAGUGAACGCCGAGCGAACCCGCCUCCAUUGUCCAGACCGUGGACCAAACAGGAGCGGGAAGAGCUGACCAGAAUCAAAGACCAACACAACCUCUCGUGGGCCACCGUCCGUGCAAGACUUUCUGGACGCCCACUUGCGGAGAUCGAAUUUGAACUAUUGCAGCUCUGGAGUGGCGGAGCCGUUUAGUUCCCACGAAGAAUAAUCAUUGGGCGCCCGCGUCGACUGACAAGGACGGGAUAAAGCCGAUUCGCGGCGACUGAGUCAGAGUUCGAUUCGAAUCAAGACGUGCAACCAGUCAGUGGGGACGAUCGCCCCGAGCACGACCUUUUGCCAGAUUCAUGCCACGACCCACUAGAGCAAGUCUGGAUGACAGGACGCCGUAGACAAUCGCGCGGUUCUAUCUAGCGCGAAUGGGAGCCACCGCCACGGUUCGUCCGGGUAAGGCCGAGGGGAUCCCAGGUGGUCGGUUUCAGCGCCAACGAGCAUGGUUCUGGCCGCCACCAUGUCCGACACUAGCA